GUCAUGUCUUUCCCUUUGCAGAGGAGGACAGCUCGAGCCUGGACCUGAAUGCAACUCAGACUGGUCAAAAUGCAGUGGCUCCGUCUCGAGAGCGACGAAGCCUAGAUGCUCUGGCAGCAGCAGAGCCAGCUGUCCUCGCAGAGUGCAAGACGCGGGCGGUGGUCUUUGAAAUCUCCCGCAACAUGGUGGACAGCACCAACGCCAACUUUGUGGUGUGGCCGCCCUGCGUGGAGGUGCAGCGUUGCUCCGGGUGUUGCAACAACCGCAACGUGCAGUGUCGCCCCACGCAGAUUCGUGUCCGGCACGUCCAGGUGAACAAGAUCGAAUUUGUCCAGAGGAAGCCAAAAUUCAAAAAAGUCGUUGUGCCUUUGGAGGACCAUGUGCAGUGUCGGUGUGAAGCGGUGUCCCGUCCGCCCCCCAGGAACAGCCGGCCAGGGCCACGUGAACAGAGACGCUUGUUCGCGGCGCUCCACUUUUUUCACAGAGGCAGCGAGUACGCCGGCCGCCGGCGCAGAAGAGGAAACAUAAGAAGUACAAGCAUGUCAACGAUAAGAAAGUGCUGAAAGAAAUCCUCAUAGCAUAGAAGUGCUGGCAGGGGAGAGAGAGCACAAGGCAGGUUUAUUUAAUGUAUUUGCUGUAUUGCCCCCAUGGGGUCCUUGGAGUGAUAAAUUUUCCUCUUUGUCCAUCUGCCUCGACGUCUGGUUCAGACGGCAAUUGGUGCUUCCCUUUCCAUCAGCGGACCUUCUCCCACCAAAGCCUCUCCCUUCUUUCAUUUAUUAGCAUAAUUUUAAAGUUUUACA